AUGGACUAUGCGUUGCAAUCCAGCGCUGCCAAAAUAUCUACGAAAUUGUGCAGAGUCCAAACCCGCCUUCGAAAAACCAUGCUAACUAUAUUAGGAAUGCGGCAUGCAAUAUACCGGGAGUAGAGCGUAGCAUUUGCUGUCAACUGGAGGAGGUGGCUCCAGAAGUAAAGAGUUCAGAUCAAGCGAUAAAUCUGCUACCAUCUGAUUGCGGUCAGUCAUCUUCUGAUCGAAUCGCUAACGGUAAAGAUACACAAGUAUUUGACUAUCCUUGGAUGGCUUUACUAAGAUACAACAAAAAUGGAGAGCUCGUUGAUUUAUGUGGUGGAUCGUUAAUCAGUAACCGGUACGUCCUGACUGCGGCACAUUGUUGGAAAAAUUCUUCCUCACUGAAGAUAGAUCAUGUCCGUUUAGGAGAGCACACCAGAAAUCAGGAAAAAGAUUGUAUUGACUGCGAUGAGGGGGAAGAAACAGAGUGCGCUGAACCGGUCGAAGAUUAUCAGAUUGAGUCAUCGAUAACCCAUCCGAAAUACAAUCGCCGCGAAUUCAGUAACGAUAUCGCACUGAUACGGUUGGCUCGCAUCGUGGAAUUCAAAGAUCAUAUUCGGCCGAUUUGUCUACCAACUAGUCCUGAACUGCGAUCGAAGCAAUUGGAUAAGUACAUUGUGACCGGUUGGGGAUUAACUGAAAAAUGAGUUGGGUCGGAGGUUUUUCU